UCUUAGUCUGUUCAGUGCUGUGUGACGGUCUGUGCAAGAGGAAUGUCAUUGAAGCGCACUGUUCAGAAAUGUGACGCCAUAAUUUUUUCCCAAUAGAUAUAUCGAUUUAUUGACUGAUAGAAUGAUAAACUGAGCGAAUAAAAAAUCUUCUAGUUAACCAGUCUAUAUAUUUCAAUGUGUCUGCAAGGUCUUUGAUGUGAAUUCAUUGGUUAAAAUAGUUGACUCAUUAGACUAAUUAUUGUUUCACAUUUUCACUUCCGUGUUUACCAUGCCGACAGCUUAAAAGAAAUAGAAAACUUGGCAUUUCCCAAGUGCACCUCUAGCGUUUCAAGAGUUGGUAGUUUCUAACAGUGGCUACUGGCUUGGAAGCUUAUACUGCGAUCGACAAAAUAAUUCUAUUGUUCUUUCAAGGUUUCACAUACUUACGAACAGGCUUUUGAAGAAGACACUACCCAUCAGACAGUGUUUAUGAAAACAUUAAAGCAACCGGUGAAGUGUUCACUUCGUACAAUCAUCACAACUGCCCAGAGUUUAAACCCCGAGCUACGGCCAUCGCCCGCCUUCCUGAAGGAGGUGUGUGUAAGGACGAAAAUCCCAAUUUCUGCACGUCUGAUGGCGUAAAACAAGGCGAUUAAAUCAUUCAGAAAAAUUAAAAUGUGGCAUCAAAAAGUAAAAAUGUGCCUGGUCGUGGUUUUAGGUUGUACCGUCUCUGCUUUGUUCGUACUCCCCAACGUGCCAACCAAGACCAAAAAGACAAUGGCGAGUAUUUCACUGGAUGAAAGCAACGACUCUCCGUGCUCUAGCAAAUAUUUCCCAUCGCAAGAAACUGUUGUGAAUUGCAGCAGACGAUCUCUGUCCCUUGUGGAUAACAGUUGGUUUCCCUCGAACGCGAUAGUGAUACUACUGAACAACAACGAAUUAGCAGCCAUAGAGAAUGAUACAUUCAGAAACUUGUCCAAGCUUAGGAUAUUGGAUUUGUCUUACAAUAAAAUAGAUAGAAUUGAACCGAAAGCAUUCGCAGAUUUGACUAGAUUGGAGAGGCUUUAUUUAGAGUUCAACAAACUAGAUAUCUCUCUUCUAUAUCAGAAGCUUUUUUGCUCUCUGGUUUCUUUGUUGGAGCUACGUAUUAUACAAGGACAUAGUUCGGAUAAAGACAACAUCCGCAAGCAUAUAGGAAACUUUAAAUACCGUAGAAACAAUUUUUACUGUUUGUUAAAUCUAACCAUUCUUACUUUGGAUACUUGGGACGAAAAUCUAUAUUUUGACAAAAGUUUUCAAAACCUAACUAAAUUAACCCAUCUGGGAAUUCGAGGCGACGUCGAGUCAGUCAACGAGACAAGCUUUGAGAAUGUGAACAAUGUUCACUUUUUUACUUUCAGUCAUGCGAGUUCAAUGAAGUCUUUUGAUGAACUGGCCUUGUCCAAAUUUAAUUCACUGGAUAGUUUCAGUUUAGAUUCCGUUAACAUCGGCCUCAGACACUCUUUGAAGAUUCUGGGACCACUGGCCAACACAAACAUGACGUCAAUCAGUUUCAAAAACGUCAUUCAGUACAAAGACGACGAAUCCUACGUUUUUAAAGCCGGAGAAGAGACUCUGAGCGGCGAAAUGGCCAAGUACUUGACGACCAUCUGCGUCAAGCAUGUCGCCCUAGUAGACAACAGCAUUUACGUCAUCGAGACCAACGCCCUAAACAGUACCAUCUGGCGGGAAUGUCUGCAGAGCUUGGAUCUUUCAGGGAAUGGUAUUUUAGGAAGGCAGCUAGCUUUAUAUAGCUUUCACAUGUUUGUUAAUCUAAACUCGUGUGUUUUGGGUAUCCAUGACAACGACGUCAUUCGCUAUACGCCAACGGAUCAUGGGAACUUUCGAGUCGAUAUCCAAGAACAGCUGUUCCAAAAAGGAAAAGCAAAAUUUACAUUUUCAGACGUAGAAGUUCCUGUAAACACAACUAGAGAUGACCGUCUAUCCGUGUACACUCCUAUCAAUAACACAAACAGUGCAAAUCUGACUUUGUUUUUUCCACCUUCUGUUCGCUACUUGGACCUAGCUGGAUUUCUUCAUUUCUUCGCUUUGCCGGACCCAAUCAGCUUUGGAAAUGGUCAGCAUCUGAAAUAUUUAGACCUAUCUGAGAGCGGAGUGAGAAACGUGCACGGUCCAGUGAUAGGCUUAGAAUCGGUGACAGCAUUGCUUUUAUCACAUAAUUACUUUCGCGACAUGAGUGUCACGUUUUUUGACUCGUUUCCGUCUGUUGAACGCUUGGAGUUGGCAGACACCUCUAUUGACCCUCUUUUUAUGUCUGAUUAUAGUGAGAGAAUGUUUCAAACCCUCACCAAUUUAACGUCUUUAGAUAUGUCCCAAAACUCUUUCAACAUGCUUUCAAAAAACACGUUUGCCAAAAAUGAUAAGUUGACUCACUUAACCUUGUCUGCAAAUAAUUUUAACUCCAUUCCGUUUGAUUUGAAAAACACGCCAAAUUUAAUUUACUUGGAUAUGAGGAAAAACACCUUGUUGAACAUUGAUAAAGAAUUACGAGACUUAUUUGACGAUAUGGUAAUCGAAAAUGGGAAUCUAGAACUUUUAAUUUCUGAUAACCUUAUUUCUUGUGUUUGUCAGAGCAUCGAGUUCCUCCAGUGGAUUCAAAAUAGCCUAAUCAAGUUCGAUGACAACGGUAACAUAACAUGCGUGGACGAAGAUCUCAGGGUGUCAAGCACGGCAGCGUUCAAAGAUUUGGAAGGAUUUUGGCGGGAUUGCCGUGGAGUGUAUUAUUUUUACAUUUCUGUAUCUCUUUUGUGUGUCCUAAUUGUUGGUUUCCUUUCGUUCUUCAUUGUCACUAAACAUAUCAUUGUCAUCAAAUCAAUCCUUCUCCAAAGGCUGACAGGAUUGAAACUAAAAUCUGCGUCAGACUAUGAAAACGGCGUCUUCAUCUGCUGUCAGGACGAUCUGGUGGCAUUUUCAAGGGGAUUUCUUCAGCCUUUUCUUAGAAAAUCGAUUAACACAUUAGUUGAGGCAGAGGUAGGACUGGCAGGACAAGAAAGAGCAACGGACAUGCUGAGGGCCAUCCAGGCCAGCUGGAGGGUGCUUCUUGUCUUUGGCAAUGGUUUCACUUGUGACCCUUGGUUCAUGAUUUCCGCCAAGCUGGCCGUUCAUUGUACGACUCCUGAAAACCCGAAUCGAAUCAUGAUUCUAACCUCAAGAGCAAAUACAAAUCGCAUUCCACCACAGUGGAUCAACAACGUGCCAGAAGAUAACAUAAUGACUGUCAGGCAAUGGGGACUAGAUGAUGCAUUACGCCACUCUCUGCUGUCAAGGUUAUAAGAUUUAUUAUAAUGAACAAAAGACAAGAGAUAUUUUUUUUUAUAGUAAGACACAAAAAAACUUAAGUGAACUCAUUGGCCUCCUCCAGUCGUAGAACGACUAUGGUUCAUCUCAGAGCACACUUCCUCAUGUGUCUGUGGAGCCCUAUUAUGGAGAGACACUCCUGUCCACAGAUAGCGCAGGUUAAGGUGGCUUUUGCUUCGGUGGUAGAGGAGAUGGCCGUUUUUUGGAUUGUACGUUUUUCUUCCUGAGCUGAGACCCAUGUACUUUCACUGUCCAUAGCUUUCUUGGUCACUGUCUCUCUCCAUCUGUUGCUGUCUAGAGCUUUGUCUUCCCAAUUGUCAGUAUUGAUGUUCACUGAUUUGAGGUCACGUUUUAUUACAUCUAUGUAACUAAGGUGGGGGCGACCAGUUUUUCUUGUGCCAGUCGCGGGUUGUCCAUAGACGAUGACUUUCGGGAUACGCUUGUACUCCAUCCGGCGAACAUGUCCAAGCCAGCGCAAACGGCGUUGUCUGAGGGCUGUAAAGAUGCUGGGAAUACCUGAUCGCGCGAGGAAUUAUUGAAGUGAAAAAACCAACUGUCACGGGGAGAUCUUGAAGUGUCAAUAUGUCACUGUGUUCUAAUUAGAAGUGUUGAAAUUUAAAGAUGACUUGAGCCUACUAUGAUGCUGUGUCGACCACGCAAAGCUCUUUUAGCACUUGAUCUAGUGAAGACUUUUAUUUCUGAUCUUUGUUCAAACACUCAAAGAACUUCUUGCGAUGCCCGGGGGAUUCUUAGGUAGAUAUAGAAUCUAGAUCCAAAUAUCUUUAGAGAUUCAAAUAAUGAAAAUCCUUUACUUCAAAAUACAAAACUUUCAUUCAGGAACUAGGAAUCACUCACAAUGUACAAAAUAUACAAAUAAAACGCGCUCAGCUACAAGGCUCCCCGGCAUAACCACGUUCCCCCCAAUGACGUCAUAGCAUUUCUGUUAGAACUAAGGUUACUGCCGGUACUUAGAUGCAGCUAGUCUGCUACGUGACAUACAUUGAUUGCCUGAUAGAGGUUUCAUAAACCAAAUACCAGUCAGUUCCAAGGAUAGAUAGGGAGGAAGCUAUUAAUAGUAACACUACUAUUGUUGAAAGGGAGUAAGUAAACUCAUCAAAUAUUAUUAUUAAGAUAUUCAUUUCUUUACUUUAUCAACAUUCAUCUAAAUUUAUCUAAUUUCAUUUGUUUGUUCACUAUGACGUGUCGUUUAUAUUUUAUGUUUUAUAUUUUAUGUUUUAUAUUCUUUUGUAAAUAUUAAAAACAGUAGUUGAAACACUACCUAUUUUUGGAUUACCGUAAACAGAGUCGCUUCCUUGGCUGUCACCGCCUACGUACGUGGGUCGUCGUGGGUACUGUACUUCACCCCACCCACCCCAUAGUCUUUUUUUUCUAGAAGAGGAAUGAGUAUUUUAUAUUUCGGAGUCUUAUUAUUAGUGCACUGUCGUAACGGUACGCACCGGUACGGCGUAGCGGCACCUUUUUCAAUGUAGGGAAAAAAUUAUUACUUUUCUUGUAUUUUAAUGUUUAUUAUUAAUUUAUUAGUAGUUAAAAGUUAAGCAAUCGAUCACUGAAUACCGGAAAAGCACUGCUUAUUAUUGUUUAUAGUUACUGUGCAAUAUGUAAUGGCGCAUUUGUAGACAUUAGAACACUCAUCUAAUCAUUUACAUAGUCUGAACAUAUGUUCUCAGAGUGUAUAUGUCUAAUAAAAACUUAUUUAAAAACA